AGAUUAUGAAUUUAUGAUACGUUACAGAUCUCCAUUGGUUGGUUGUCGACAAUUCAAUGAAAACAAAAUUCAUAUAGUGACAUUACUGACAAUAUUAAUAUCCCUCAACAACCAAUCAUCAUCCGCCACACCCGCGCCGCGGGACCCACUACCCCAAGUCUCCAUUUAUUCCCUCUUCACCACCCACCGUCAUACACCACAAUUGUUUCCAACUAACUCAUUUUCUCUAUGGAGAGUUUCUUUUAAGUUUUUGAGAGUUCAUUUUCAUAGAAGUUUUUUCAGUUGGUUCUAAUUGGUGACGGGUAUUUGCUUCUUCGCGAGUAAAAAUGGGUGAUCCGGAUUACCAGUCUGGCAUCGAAAAUCGCCAUGUAAUCUUCGGGAAGUAUGAGAUGGGAAGGUUGUUGGGUCAAGGAACGUUUGCUAAAGUGUAUCACGCGAGGGAUUUCCUCACGAUGGAGAGUGUUGCAGUUAAAGUUAUCAAAACCGAGCAGGUAAAAAAGCAAGGUUUGAUGGAACAAAUCACCCGCGAGAUCGCGGUGAUGAGGCUCGUCCGCCACCCAAACGUCGUCCAACUUAAGGAAGUAAUGGCGACGAAGACGAAGGUCUUUCUCGUAAUGGAGUACGUUAAAGGCGGCGAAUUAUUCACCAAAAUCGCGAAAGGCCGAUUAAAAGAAACUCAAGCAAGAAAAUACUUUCAACAACUUAUCAGCGCGAUCGACUACUGCCACAGCCGCGGUGUCUACCACCGCGACUUAAAACCCGAGAACCUCCUCCUCGACGAAAACGAAGAUUUGAAAGUCACUGAUUUCGGAUUAUCGGCAUUGCCGGAGCAGCUCCGGCAUGAUGGAAUGCUGCAUACUCAGUGUGGAACUCCGGCGUAUAUCUCGCCGGAAGUUCUCCGGAAAAAGGGUUACGACGGUUCGAAGGCGGAUACGUGGUCGUGUGGGGUGAUUUUGUAUGCUUUGCUUGCUGGGUGUCUUCCUUUUAGAGAAGAGAAUUUGAUGCAUAUGUAUAAGAAGAUUUUUAAGGCGGAGUAUGAGUUUCCGCCGUGGUUCUCCGGCGAUGCGCGGCGGUUGAUAUCCAGGAUGUUGGUGGUGGAUCCGUCGCAACGGAUCACCAUUCCGGCGAUCAUGAGAUCGCCGUGGUUUUGUAGAGGACUCAAAGGGAGUGAUGGAGGGUUUCUGGCUCCGAUACUACUUAAGACCCCUAGUUUGAUUGACGUGACUGAAAACGGCGAUAAAACAAGUGAAACCGAAAAGACACUUCGAAGGUCAAAGUCAUCACCGCGAUUCUACAAUGCAUUCGAAAUUAUAUCUUCCAUGUCAUCCGGUUUUGACUUAUCCAACAUGUUCGAGACCAACCGUAAAUCAGAAUCCUUAUUCACAUCAAAAUCUUGCACGUCGAUGAUCAUGAAUAAGCUCGAAUCAAUAGCUAAAAAAUUAAACUUCAAGAUCUUAUAUUCGAAUCAAAAUGAGUACAAGUUGAAGAUGGAAGGUUUAUCGGAGGGGCGUAAAGGAAAGUUGGUGGUGUCGGCGGAGGUGUUUGAGGCAGCACCAGAAGUUGCGGUGGUUGAGUUUUCGAAGACGGCGGGUGAUACACUUGAAUACAAGAAAUUUGAAGAAGAUGUUAGACCGGGCUUACAAGACAUUGUUUGGAGUUGGCAAGGUGAGAAUGGUAGUUGAUAACAAGUUAACAACCACACAAGAAAAAAUUUAGAACGUUGUAAUAGGCCCACUAAUAACCUUAUGUACUAAUAUACUAUAAAUGGUAACCACUAUUGUUUGAAAACAUUAUAUCGUUACUUACUAUACUAUUUUGAUGUAUCUUCUAGUUUAUUUUAGAUGAAAAACAUCUUAAAAUAUUGAUGUAUCUUCUAGUUUAUUUUAGAUGGAAAACAUCUUACAAUAAGUAUCCUUAUUUUAUGUA